AUGAAGUCAGCUCUAGUCCUCCUCGUUUGCUUUGGCUCUGUGCUUGCAACAGUACCAGUUGCCACUAAAUGCCCAGACACCUGGAAAUGGUUCAAGAGAUCCAGAGGCGGUUGGUGUAUGAAGGUCUUCGCCGCGAUUGGAACUCAAGCAGACGCUGAAGCCAAGUGCAAAGCGGAAGGAGCAGUGGUGGCAGGAGUUCAGAACACUGAGGAGAUCAAGUGGAUGUCAGCAACUCUCCAAUCCCUCCAAACAAAUCCCGUAGGUACCCUGUGGGUUGGCGCCAAGCGUACCAAACCGUGCAUCUCCUCUGGAUUAACCAAGCAGUGCUCCGCGAUCACCUCCUUCUACUGGUCUGACCAGUCUGCCGUCGGUGUUCAAGGAUUCUUCUGGCGGGCGGGAGAGCCAAACAAUGCACUAGGCGGGCAGGGUUGUGCCCAGGUGUACUCCACCACUAAUGAUAUGGAUGAUGUUGGAUGUGGAUCUACAAAUCAAGGAUACAUUUGUGGAAAGGUUGCGACGUUCUAGUGGAAUAAUCUAAUUGUUCAUGUUGUUUAAAUAAACGUUGAAAAAUGUUA